ACAGUUAUGAUUGAUGAUGAAAUGAUUCUUUCCUCUGCUUUUCUGAUUUCUCUCUAAUUCUUCUGUAAUUCGAUUUCUAUCGUAUCAAUUGGUAUCAGAGCCAAUCGCUUCCUUCUCUCUUGAUUUCCGGUUGUAUCUCCGGUGAACCAUCCAAUUCAUAUUAAAAAAAAAAAAAAAAGUCCUCACAUAUAACCACAAAUUACAAUGGAUAACUUUAAGAGAGCAAUGGAACAAUUUCAGGAACAACUUCGACAAUUACAAGAACAAUUUUAUGAGAAUAUGAAAGUAUUAAUGGGAGAUCUUGAAAUCUCGACAGUUACUGAAGAUGCAUCAGCACAGCAGGUAUAAAUUCAGAAACUGAUUCUUUUCUUUCUUUAUGCGAUGAUGUUAACAAUUCAGUGGGUUUGGUGGAAGAAAAUGAAAUGAAUAUGGAGGUAGAGAAUAGUGUAUACAAGGUGUUUGAUGAAAGUCCUGAAAGACCUAAUGAUAAACUUGAGACUCAAUUUGGUGACCUUUAUAUCUGUAGGAGUAUUAUAGGUGAAAUACAUUAACGACUUGUGAAUAAUGAUGUAAUUUUUGUAUUGAAUGACAGUGGUGAUCUUGUCAAGCUUAAUGAUAGUGAGACUUUUAGAAUUGAAUGGAUUGAGGACAUUAUUAUAGAUGAAGUAAGUGAUGCUGAAUCGAACAUGUAUUUUCCAUGUGAUUCUUGGGGACUAAAAUCUUUGAAGAGGGGGGGUAAUAGGUACUAAUAGGAGGACAGUUACUCAAGUUGUUGGCAGGACAAGCUUUUGGCAUUCAAAUCUUUGGUUGGAAACCGGGGUGGUUACUUACUUUCACUAUAGAUACUCUUGGUGUAAGGGUUAGGCUUGUGUAUAGACUAGUGGGAGCUGAUAAUUUUGUCACAGAUUACUUUGUAUGGAGCCAUACUGUUUUGUUUGUAAAUUCAGCUCACAUUAGAUACGAGGAGAAAAACACGUAUACGGCUGCUUAUGAUUGGAGGAUAUUGUUUCUUAACACCGGGUUCAUGAGUGCAAAUAAAAUUGGGUAUUUCAUAAGCUCAGGGUAUCUAGCCAUCUAGGUACUGAUUUAGUUGGUAUCAUAUGUGUAGAGUGAUGAUUUUUUGAAAACACGGGGUUUGAUAGAGUUAAGUAGUUUUGACAAUCAUCGGGUUAGUGCUGUGAAGAAUACUAAUGAGUUGCACACUGGGUUCUUGUUGAGCGUUGCUAGGAAGGAAGUUUACCAUGAGGCUUAAGGUUGUAUUGGAACUAGAAGAUCGUUUAGAGGUGGGAAAUGAUGUAUUUGGUUCUAAAAAGGUUAGCAUAAAAGUCAAGGAAACAGCAGCUAGUGUGGUAACUGGGGUGAUUUUAUCUCUGCACGAAAGCCUCCAUACAGUAGGCCAAUUAGAACUUGAAGUUGCAAAAUCAGAAAUUAAGUUGAGUAGAAAAACACCAGUCUUCUUCCUUGUUGCUGCAAAUUCCAGUCACGGAUGCAGUCUGUAUAAAGGGGUGAUAAAAAAGGUUAUACAUUUGACAGAGACGGACUACCUGGUGAUCAUAGCAGUUACUGGUUGCAACACGCCGACUUUGGAGCCAUAAAUGAAGAGUCAGAAACAACUGCAUCAUCUGACAUCAUUGGAAAACCACCAUCAGGUCCGGUAAGCAACAAUGACAUUUGGUAUCCAUACUGAAGUGCAUUCUAUUUCUACCCACAUGUGCGAGUGUGUAGAAAUAUCUAACGAUUUACCUUUCUUGAAGCAUUUACAAGCCACUAUAGCAGGAAUGGUCCAGCCAUUCUUUAGGCGACAACAAAAAGUAGGAAGUAGAAAGAUCAAGCAUCAACAAAGCCUCUCUCUCACACACCACUCCACUGCUCAACGUGAUCAUCAGAUCAUAUACGAAAUAGUACAGAUAAUUGAACCUUGAUGAUAAUGUACUAAAACCUCUUUGGCUUUUAUAAUUCGACGUCCUAAGAAUCUUAGCUUUUGUAACUUAAUGUGUGUUCAUGAUAUGUUUCUAAAUGGAAUGGUGAAAAUGAAUGCACGGUAGUUCAAUAAAUGUUAUACUUAGAAUUUCUGGAAAUCAAAAAGGCAUAGAAUCGUUCAAACUGGUCACGCAACGCGUGACAUGAUCCACCUAGUUUAUAAUAUAACGAUUCAUAAAUUUUUGUUUGUG